CGCCGCCGCCGCCGCCGCCGCCGCCGCUGGCGGCCGGCAGGAGGCUCCGAAACCGAGCGGGGCCGAGCGCAGUCGAGCGAGGUCGGAAACGCACGAACCUCGCGGCUCGAGCGACCUAACCAGCGACACGGCCAAGCAGUGCGGUGCCGACUCUUGCUGCCGCGGUUUCAGAUUUCCCGUGGUGUGCGUGGACGCGUGUUUACGCGACGGGAGAGAGUUCACCGAGAGAUCGCAGGAGAGAGAGAGAGGAUCGAAGAGUACAGAGAGACAGAGAGAAAGAGAGCGAGAGAUCAGUGUGGAAACAGAGAGAGAGAGAGCCCAGACACCCGGGGCCCAACACGAGGGACGAACAAAGGAAAGAGAGACGGGGGAGGAAGCACGCUCACGGUCGCGAGUUUUAUCGGUGAGCCGCGUGAAAUUUUAGGAGCGGCACGCUGCUGUCGCGUUAUCGGAGCAACGCUCCGAAGCGGCCAACAACGACGAUCGCACCGCCUUUGAGUGCCAGACGGAGAGAAAACAUCGCGCCGUCUUCAUCUUCGGGGGGCGUGGGUGCUCGUUGAAACGCCGUGGUGCACACGUCCGGCAACGGCGGUCUCGUCGGAGUGAAAAAAAGGAGUCGCACGGACCGAGGUGGAGAUGACCAACGGCGGAACCGUUCCGUCGCGAGCCAGCGUGUAGUCGCCCUUCGUGGAGCGUAUACCCGGUGGCAGACGGCCGGAGAGGAGCCCGCCGACGACGAAACCGGAGAAACUUGGAAAAAAGAAAGUUACCCGUGGAUAUUCGGUCCGGGGCAGUGAUCUCCGGGCGGUGGUCACGUGUGCUGCCCGCGCCGGUGAAAACCGUGAGAGAGCGCGGACUCUCGAAAAGGAGACUUUCGCGGGUACCGUCCCGAAAGUAGCGUCGCGAGCAGCCUCGAACUCGGCCGAGAGGGUGAACCGCAUUUGGAGAAACGCGUCGGAGGAGGAGGAGGAUACGGAGUGGGGUGGUAGUUGGUGACUGAAGGGUAUCCUGGAGGACGAUGACGAUGGUAACGAGGAUCGCGAGGGGUAAUUGGAGGACGACCAGCUCGAGAGGACUCGAUUAAACACCGUCUGCGGUUACAGUUUCGUGGUUUUAAGCAGCCGCCUUAGAAGCCGUCGCCGGGGACCGACCGGCUCGGUCCCGUCGUCGCGACGGUCGUCGUUUGGGUGACAGUGUGCCACAAGUGAGUGCAGUUGGUGCGCGAGGGUUACACGUCCUCGAGAUCGCGCGUAGCCUACCGACGGCUCGCGUUCCCUCGGAGGGGCCGUCGGGGUGAGCCUCGUGUCUCGGGUCUCCUUCUUUCCAGGACCUCCUCCGAGUCUCUGGCCUCUGACCUUCCCGCGACCCGGUUGGAUUUUAUCGCGUUUCCAAGGACUUGGAGCGGCUCGACGGGAAACGGUCCGACGACCGACGGGGAAAGAGAGAGAGCUGCCAUUCGCGGCCAUCCAAUUAUCGGGGCAACCGAGAGAAGGCAUAUUCGCGGAUCGGCCGACGGACGGCGUCGCGCGUCCCCGACGGGCAGCGUAAUCGUCUCUCCUAACCAACCAGGAAUAUAAUAAUCGUCGAGGAUGCAGGUGGCAACGCUGUUUAGGGAGACCGCCACCCUGCUGGGCGCCUCUAGCCUGGACCCCCCGCAGACACACCAUCACCAGGCGAUGCAGCAGCUUCAGCAACAGCAGCAGCAGCUACAGCAACACCCCGCCGAUCUCCAUCUGACCCAUCACAUGCAGCAUCACUACAAAAUGUCGUACCCGUCGCCGGUGCAAAAUGGAGGACCGAACGGGACCACGAUGAACUGCUCCGGCUCCCAAGGGGUGAUGGUGAAGCAGGAAGCGCGGGAUGACGGAUACGAGACAAGUCCGGAUCUCGAGAUGAGGAGCACCGGUGGUGACAGCAGUCAGCAGUACCACACGCCGCUGACACCGCACACACCGCACACACCACACACGCCGCACACGCCCCUCACGCCGAUAUCGGCGACAGCGCAUCAACCCCAGCAACCUGGCUCGACCGCUUCCACCCUCGGACAGGUGGCGAUCAAGUGCGAGACCCCGGUGGACCCGUACUCGUUCGUCGACGAGGAGAUGUCGAUGGGCGGUAUGAGGACGGCCAGCAGCCCGGGUGGCAAUCCCGAGAACAUGACGUGUCCUUCCGGGGGCCAAACAUCCCUUGCUACGCCUACGUCGACGCCGCCAGGUCCACUGUCCGGGCCGCAACAUCUUCAGAUGAACCUCGGCGUGAUGAACGGCAACGUGAAUCCGCAAAUCGCGGCCCACCAGCCGAAGAAGCGAGGCCGCAAGAGAAAGUCCGAGAUGAUUCUCACACCGGAAGAGGCGGAACUAGCCGAGGCCAAGAAGCGAGCGAAGACAUACAAAGAGAGGAAGAAGCACGACAGAUUCGACGGUAUGCCGGAGGAGGAAGUCAGCAAGCGUGUCCUCCCGGACCAUCUCACCAGCAACCUCGACAUUAUCAUAAUUGGAAUCAAUCCUGGACUCUUCGCAGCAUACAAGGGCCACCACUACGCAGGGCCAGGGAACCACUUCUGGAAGUGUUUACACCUGAGCGGACUGACACCCGAACCACUGACGGCGGAUGACGAUUACAAGCUGUUGCGCUUCGGUAUCGGUUUCACAAAUAUGGUGGCUCGCGCCACCAAAGGCAGCGCCGAUCUCACGAGGAAAGAAAUAAAAGAAGGUAGUCACAUUCUGUUAGAGAAAUUACGGAAAUACAAGCCGAAGAUCGCGGUGUUCAACGGUAAACUGAUCUACGAAGUAUUUUCGGGGAAGAAGGAGUUUGGUUUCGGCAGGCAGCCCAAUCUGAUCGAGGGUACCAACACGUACAUGUGGGUGAUGCCAUCGAGCAGCGCAAGAUGCGCACAGUUGCCGCGAGCGGCGGAUAAGGUGCCAUACUACGCGGCGCUAAAGAAGUUCCGCGAUUAUUUGAACGGCACGAUCUCUCAUCUAGACGAGUCCGACAUAGUGUUCGCGGACUCGAAGCUCAAGAAGAAGGAUCACGACGCGAUCGAGGACAAGAAGCCGCCGUUCUGCGACGAUCUGACGAACGAGGGGGAGAGCAGGAUCACAGACGUGAACGGUACGCUGGUGAAACAGGAACCGAAUUCCCAGAUACCCGGCAAGAAGAAGAGAGGCAGACCGAAGAAAAUAAAGAAUCCGGAGGAUCAACCGCCGCCCGAUCCCGAGAAGCUGGACGCGAACGGGGUGGUGAUAAAGAAGCGUCGCGGUCGCCCGAAGAAGAUUCACCAGCAACAGAAGCAACAGGAGAGGGAGAUGAGGGAACGCGAACAGCAACAGCAGCAGCAACAACGGCAGAGCAUGGGUCAUCUGGGAGACGGUUACGGCGGGAUCGUGCCCAACUGUUUCUCGCCGCCAAAGACAUUCGCCCACAUGGCCCCGUACCCGCAACAAAUGAACGAUUCCGGGUUCUACGGCCAGGGCAUGAACGACAGCCCGUACAGCAUGAACGCGAAACAGAGCCCCGUGCACCUGCAGCACUACAGCCAGAGCCCAAAGUCCAUGUCGCUCUCGUUCACUCAUUCCGAUCUGUCGUCGGAAAUCAACACCGCGAUCUCCUCGGAGAACAACCUGGAACCGUCGCCGUUGACGUCGCCGAGCGUCGAGCACCCGGACUUCGAGCCGCCUACGAGCAUCUCCCAGCAGAACAUGAACAACGAUCAUCGUCAGUACAAUCCGGCUGGGAACGGCGACAACACGGGCCACCACGGUAGCCCUGGCACCCCGUCUCACCCGAGUUACACGAGUUACAUGGGCUACCACGAUCAAACCUCGGACCCGCACAAUCCUCAUCCCCAUCAGACUACACCGACGCCUCUGAGCCAAGCCACCGACGACCACUCGCACCAUUCCCAUCCGACUCCGCCGCACACGCACCCCCACACGCCGACCCACUCGUCGAUGUCGCCGCACCAUCCCCACGAGCAGUACGGCAUAAAGAGGAACCAAGACGUGGCGUCGAAGAGUCUCAGCGACCUGGAAUCUCUAGUCGACCAAAUACCGAGCAUAGCCGACGGCGGCAGCCAGCGUCUGCAGCACGGUCAUCCGGGCAUGAACGACGACGGAUCUCUCGCGGAAAAGAUGGAGGCUCAUCAUCAAUCUUAUCUGUCCGGCUUCUCCGGAAUGUCUAACGCGGGAAUGUCCAAUUAUAGUCCCCCCCUGGCACCCGGCGGCACGAUCUACGCGAGUUCGUUGCACAACUCCCCGAACGACGGCUACGGGUCCCUAUACAGCAUGAACGGCCGUCAGCAUCAGGACUCGCAGCAGCAGCAGCAACAGCAACAGCAGCACCAACAACAGCAACAGCAGCAGCACAGCAAAUCUUACACCGUGGAGAACCUGGCGUCUAGCAAUUACACGCCCAGCAUGAGCCACGGACAUCCCGGCAACUCGUAUCCAAACAUAAUACCCGGCCCUCAUUAUCCCGUGCCGAUGGGAUCGACGAACGGGUACCUUUUCGGCGGCCUCGAGCCAAGCCUGAUGCAACGCACCUACGGGAUGGGCGGUAUGAGCGGCAUGGGAGGAAUGCAUCCAUCCCUCGGUCACAUGGCCAAUCCUUAUCCCUACAACGGUUCGUAUUCUAGUUCCUUCGAUGCCUAUCCGGCACCACCAGCAGGGAUUCACGCGCCCAGCGCGAAUUAUCCCGGUGGUUACACCAGUGUUGGCAGCGCCACGCCAGGUACUUCUACGCCGCCGUCUUACCUUCCGUCUCACCACAGGCCGCCGGUCGACCUUGCUUACGACGGUGUAUGAUAAUCGAUGUAAAACUAUUCGACACGAUAGCGAUUACGAGCGCUAUGUUUAUCUUUUCUACGUAUUUUUACACGUUUAGGAUCCGUCGCCGGAAUAAUCGUCUAACGAAAACGCUUCUCGUUGCGGACGCUUUCUGGCGCGACUUUGCUACUGCGAUUCGCGAACUGCGCGCGUUUUCCUCCAUUCCCUCUGUCUCUCGCGAGGGAAAGACUCAAUCCCCCUCCGAUUUUAACCUACUUUUGCAACACGGUAAAUCGCACCGCUCUGUCGCCGCGCGUGAAAUAUCACGUACAAACGGAUCGUUUUAGAGAUACCUGGCAGGGGCGUAACCGAGACUUUCGGUGCUUCCCCUGGUGCUCGCGUUAAGUUUUCAGAAAGAAAUGUAUCAAAUGGUAACUUCGAUUAGUAUCUCUCUCUCUCUCUCUCUCUCUCUCUAUCUCUAUCUCUCUCUCUUUCUCGUGUAAUAUCAAUCUCUGGCAUCGAAGUCACCGUGGCGCGCGAUAAUCAGAGUUUCACUUUUUCUUUAUCCCUGGAAAGUUGCAUGACGUUACAACCUCUAGCCGUUGCUCGAGUAUCCAAAACGAUCGAAUUGGUACAAUGUUUUAGGCGCGGUGACGGAGACCUGUACUCUGCCAACCUGCGGAAGCAGGCUGAAGUCGUAGGGGAAUACGUUGUGUCCUUCUUUUGUCAGUCUUUUAAACCUAUACAUUUUACUAUCUCCGCGUCAACUCUUCUCGUUCUCUACCUCUCUAUUUCGUCGCGUUUCUCGUUCGUUUGUUUCUUGCCACUACGUUCUCUCGAUACAUCCUUCCGAUCCUUUCCUCUCUGUCGCUCACGAUCAACGAUUGCGCCGCGAGUAGUUACACGGGCGCGCGGCUCGGAACCGUGGAAAACGCUACUGAAAACGCGCGGUCAUCGACAUCUCGGCAGCCGCGCGAACGCGAAAACGUUUUUAACCGACACCUUGAUACUGCUGUGCUUGCUAGAACACUAUCGAUCUCUUUCUCGAGUUGAUCGCGGAUCAUCGACAACGACGAAGACGGCUAGUGAUGGGACUGAGACGUAUUUUGAUACCGUUCACGUUUGAAAUCGACACCGUCGUGUCGAAUCAUUCGAAUGAAUGCCUUCAAACGAUUUGAGACUCACGGGGGAUCGCGAACGUAACCAUUUUUCGUACGGCGACCCGUACGAUCAGUCGUUACGUCUAUAGACCCUAUUAUUAAUGAAACGCGCGACUAUCGUAUCGAUACCUAUCGGUUACGUCAAGUUUCAUGCCCCGUUUAAUCGCAGACGUAAAAAUGGCGCACCAAUUGGCGAAACUAUAUAGCGAAAACCUAUCGAUCGGAAGACUUUUAUGCCUCGCGACAGAUUCGAUGCUUCUGAUAAUUGGUACGGACGUUAAAUAUAAUUAGUAUCUUUAAAAUCUGAUGGUUUUUCCAUAUAAUUGGACGCGCUGGAUCGUUGAAAUUUGCGAGAAAGAAGCAAAUGUAUCAAACGCGGCGAUAAUAAUUGUACUGAAAUAAUGAUACGCAAACAAAAAUAAUUCGAUACUUUUGAAAAUUAAUUACUAUGGUACAUUUCCAUUUGCGUUUCGCGUUCAAUUCCGUUGUAAUUAUUCGAGAAAACAACUUCGUUCGCUGUUUCGCGAGCUUCGAUCGGAACAAAGAAUUCGCGAUACAAUUAGAACGCUAAUUUCGAAUGAUCAAAUUAAUCGCGUACGUAUACGUGUUUGUUAUGUGAAUAUUUUCGACUUUAAACUACUGCUAAAUAUGUGAUUUUGAUUAAAAGAAUCUAUUGUCACGACUCUGAAUUCUUGUUGAAUGGUUCGAACGAGACUUGAUGUUACGAAAGCGUAUCGAUACUGCAAGAAAUGUUAAUAACCUUACUAAUUCCAAUGGCAAGUUAGUUUGAUACCAGAGUUCGAGCGACCAAGUAAAUGUCAUUGGAUUGGUCCCAUUACUAAAGACGGCGUAAAUGUUUCGUUUCCUUCUUGAUACUUUUCUUUUCGUUUCCGGCGGUUUGCAGCGUUACCGUUAUCCUUUCGUUAUUGUUGAAAGAUACUCGGAUCGUUUCGCUUGACUGGUCGAGUAAGUGCAAUCUCUUGUCACGUCAACGGGCCGUUAUCGAGGUACCGCUGUUAUAUUUCGUCGAACGUAACUUGUUGGAAUUCCAAAAAGUUUCUGCGCGCCGACCGGCGCGCAUAUAUCGAUUGUUAUUUUUUCUUCUCUACUUUUGUUCUGUUGUUGUAUGGGAGAAAUUAUUUCGUUAGUUUUUCAACGCGACUCGUCGCGUAAACCGUUAUUAGCCUGUAGCUGAUAUUCACGAGCGAGAUUGCUAUUGGGGAUAUACAGUUAAACGAACAGUAGCAUUCGGCCGUUGUUUCGAGCAUUUUUUUACAAGCCAACGGACAAAAUAUAUCCGAAUUAAUGGAACAUACAGGUGCACGGGCGGGCGCCUGAACCCCGGCGCUCGUACGUAAUUGUAAUUUCGUAACAUCGACCCGAGUACCGUAAUCGUACGGUCGUCGCGGGGAGGGGGGAAAAAAAAAAAACGUAAUUUUUGCGAGAAUUUAUCAGCGGGGGGGUUGAGACACCUUUCGAAGUCAUUCCGAGUGAUUUGGAAAUAUUUUUAGUUCCUGGGAGUAAACAAAUGCAAUUUUCGUAGAUAGAAACCGAUGCGUCGUAUUUGCGUACACAUACGUUACAGAAAAUAUAUUAUUACAUCAAAGCAAUAACGCGGAUGCGCGUGUACACACACGGUUGAUCGCAAGCUGUACAUGUUUAAUGCGAAUCUAGUCAAUUCGAUUCGUUGAAUCGUAGGCACCGUUUAACGCGAUAAGCCGGGUAAUUUUGCGUGCGGAUGAUUUUGGGAACGACGACGCGAAGAAAAAGAAAAUGAAAAAAAAAAAAAAAAAAACACGACCAACUGCGACAAACAUCGAAUUACGGGGCGAGCGUACGUUGAGCGGACCGCAGACAAAAUUACGGGUAAACGAGCAACUUUUUAAUUGUAAUUCCUCGUUCGCGCAGAAUCGUUUCACGCUAAAUCGACAUAUUUGCGUUCUAUCGUUUCCACCGGGGUUAGAAUGAACAAAAAAAAAACACACACACACACAAUCUGAAUCUCCUAGUCCCGUUUCUCAUUUUCUACCGAGCCCACGAGCGACCGAACCGUUAAACGAUCGACGAAUCGUCUCUGUUCCGCGGUCCGUACCGAGUCGACUGUUUCCAGGGACCAGAAACCCGACGAUUCCUCGUACAAUAAUUUCUACGACCACAACCGACGCGACCGUUUCAACGAUAAUUGUCAAACGACGCGUCGCGUUAAUGUGGGAUCGUUGCACAACCUGUCGUGCGCCGCUGUCAUACUUCUAUUAUUGCGAGUCGACGUACGACUCAUCGUAAAGCGAAUCGUCGCGUCCGUGGCCCACCCCCGGUUACGGGGACCAUGGACGUAACGAUUAUUCGUAUUAUAAUUUUGCACGAAACGGUGAUUGAAAAUCUUGCAAGGUCGCGAGUGAACAAACGACAGGUUGAAAUGCAAAGUAGAAACUGCUAUAUCGUAAAAUUGAACCGAAAAAUGGAGCAUACCGUGUACAGAAAAUUAUGGUACCCCCCCUUCGAUGUUUUAAAUUUAAUCGUGUUAUCGAAUUUAAACUCUGUGAUUAGGAUCGUUUUAAGUACGUUGUUUCGUUAUUAUUCGUUUAUCGUUUAAAAAGUUCGAUAAAUCGUCGCGCCACACGGUCCCUGUAUGAAUAGAGAAAAUGGUCGCGUACGACGACGUUCGCGCAGAGUGUUUCCAUGUACAGACUGAGCCACGCCACCGUUAAGCUUCUCGCUUUUGAGGUUUGUAAGCUUUUUUCUAACGGAGCCGCAUAUUUAAUAGUUAUUAUAUCGUAAAAAAAAAAAACGCGUCGUUAAGGACAAUGCACGGGAUAAAUAAUUUAAGACCGAUCGCCGGGGGACGCCCUCUUCGUCCGCGCGGCGUGUAAACGUUAAACGUGCAGAGAGAAUUAGGCGUCCGACGUGAUCGUAACCUCGCACCCGCUACAGCCAUAUUGAAAGCCGUUCUCGUUGCAAUUUGUUUAAUCGGUUAAUGAUCGUCGGCUGCACGACGUCGCUGUGAAAAUGUUCAUACGUUACCGUGAUUUUUAUAGUUAUCGCGUUAUGUUGUCUCGUUGAUUAUAUUUCAUUGCCGCGCGUUUCGAACAAUCGAGGAUCCGAAUUGUCUCGCGUAUCGAUUACACGCGAUCGACGCGGGAACGAAAAA